CUUCAACCGAGAAUAAGGAAGAGGAACGAAUGGAGGCGAGGACGGUCAACAGAUAUCAAAUGGCUAUUUCCUGAAUCACACAACUUCAAACUUAUCAGAAACUGAAUUUUCUCAAUGGCUGCGAACUAUUGGCUUAGUUCCCAUGCGAACAAUCAUAUCCUGACGCGGCAUGACCUUCGUACCUCCCCUGGCAGAGCGAUUGAUUUGAAAUUUGCGAGCGAACGUGAAAUUGCAUGUGUUAACAUCUGGAGCUGCAAUGUUAUACAUAAGUUGGCCAAACGAUUGAAUUGUAGACAAAUCGUCACCGCCACCGCUGUCACCUAUUUCCGGAGAUUCUACGUUAAAAAUGCGAUUGCAGACACUGACCCAUGUCUUGUAGCCAGUGCUUGUAUGUACGUGGCAACCAAAGUUGAAGAAGCUCCUUGUCAUAUUAAAACCGUGGUCGAGGCCGCUCGAUUUGUGUUUGCAGAAUAUCCGGCUUUGGGUGCGUUUCCGACGGACGCAGCUGUUCUGGCGGAAAUGGAAUUCUAUCUCAUUGAAGAUCUUGACUUCCAUCUUAUCAUAUGGCACCCUUACCGUGAUUUGGCCCAUUUUACAGGCCGAGAAGAUUCCGCGGUACCUAAAGAUGCAUCCGAGAAAUUAUCGGAAUGGGUCCCUGCCGCCGGGUCGAAUUUCUACGAUGAAUAUCGCCGAGAAUGUGAUCGACAAGCAUCAAUGCUUGACUUGAGCGACGAAGCCCUUCAGAUGGCAUGGUUUAUCAUUAAUGACACCUAUCGCACAGAUAUCAUACUGCUAUAUCCCCCUUAUAUUAUAGCUUUGGCAUCAAUCUAUAUUACUGUUGUGCUUCAGCCUCACCCCUCUCUCAGAGCAAUCAAGCAACUUCCACCUCCAGUCCAUCUAACUUCAACCAACACAUCCAACAACACAUCCAAUGAAUCUAGCGCAGCGAACUCCAUUCGAAAGCAGUCUCUUCCCCCAUCCCAACAAACAGUCAACCCCCUGGACUUCUUUGCCCAUUUUCCACUCUCAAUGUCACUCGUCCUUGAACUCGUUCAAGAGAUUGUUGCGUCCUAUGAGCUCUGGAACCGAUUGGAAAACCCCCUUUUACCGAUCCAACGUCCACCCGAUAACCCUGCUGAUCUACCUUCUGGUCUAGCUUCAACUCGCCUCAAUCAGCCAUACAAUAACUCUACUAAUGCACGCCCAAUCCACGAAAGCAGCGAAUCUUCCCCAGCAUCCAAGGCAGCUGGCCUCAUGGCUGCAGCGAAGACAGGCGACAAAGCCGCUGAUGAAAGAGUGGUUGAAGUGUUGGUAAGGAUGCGUAAAGAGAGAGAAGCAGAUCUCGGUUAGUCUCUUUGAUCUCCAACAUUCUUCUGGUGUGAUAUGCGGUGAUCUGCUCUACACGCAGGCAACCGAUUGCUACAAGUUUCUUUUUCUUGUUUGAUCUGUUUAUAAACUCAUCUUUACUUGCUUAUGAUGAUGAGUCAGUUGUUCCUGUAUAUUCACGAGAAUCUUGGGGUUUCCCCUUUGCGAUGUGAUCGAAGACUGAAUAGGAUCAACUAUGGUGUUGUUUUCCUGAUUGAUGAUUUGAUGAAACUCGAUUGUGAUGAUGGUCUUAUGGUUUUGAUUACCUUUAUUUUCAUGUUUUAGUGUAUUUUGUAAGGAGCGCAAAUUUUGAAGUGAUGGAUUUUUGAGUUUUCAUUUGCCUUGCAAAUCAAGGCAAAUCAU